AUGGUUCCAACACAGUCAUACGCCGCGGCUCUUGUCGCCGUGGCUUCCUUGCACACGGCGGCCGCAGCAGAAAUCGACAUGACCUAUGUCGCGUCUUCUGAGGAGUACCUUUCGGGCAAGGUCCAUGCUCAAAGCAUGGCGGCUAAAAAUGCGCAAUGGAACGCCGAGCUCGCAGCAGGCUUGCUUGACAGUGUUCAGUACCCGGAGCUCAGUUACACACCCUGCGUCGAUGGCUUGGCAACAGCCAUCCUAGGGGAUGCGAACAACACUUUCCAGUGCAAUAAUAUUGACCUCUACCACUUUCUCUCCCACGCUGAUCUUGGGAGCACGCAAGGCUUCGGGUCUUCAUCCUGGGGGUGGACAUCCGAGGACGGGCGCGAAUUCGUUGCUAUCGGCCAGUACGACGGAACUGCAUUCGCAGAGAUCACCUCGGAAGGCAAGCUGGUCUAUCUCGGCAGGCUUCCCCAGUACGAUGCCAUCGGCUCAAGAUGGCGAGAGAUCAGGACACUCGGCGAUUUCAUCAUCGUCGGCUCAGAGGCUAUCAAGCACGGCGUGCAGAUCUUCGACAUGAAGAAGCUUCUUGACCUGGACCCAAACAACCCCACUGUCUUCACACAGGAGGACCUCACUGGCCACUUCAACCAACUGCCCGUUGGGAGGACGCACAACAUUGUUGUGAACGAGGAGCUCGGCUACGCCAUUGCUGCUGGGUCUGUCGGUGGCAACGAGACUGUGCGCAACCGUGACAAUCUGCCUUGCCGAGGAGGACUGAUCUUCAUCAACAUGACGGACCCGACCAACCCCACCACGCCCGGUUGCGCCGCCGGCGAUGGGUACGUGCAUGAUGCACAAUGCCUCGUCUACCGUGGACCAGACACACGUUAUGAGGGAAGAGAUAUUUGUUACGGCUACAACGAGGACACCCUCACAAUUUACGAUGUAACGAACAAGGUCGGGAAUUUCACGAAGUUGAUCUCUCGCACUUCAUACACCGGCGCAAGGUACAUCCACCAAGGCACCGUGCUGGACAUCCAAAACCAGGAGUUCCUCGUGCUCGACGACGAGCUGGAUGAGCGCGAUGGAACGGAGGGUCCCGCAACCAGCAAGCUACCCAUCACGUACAUCUUCGACAUCCGCGACCUCGAGGCACCCAAGUUGACAGGCUUCUACGAGGGCAACACCCGUUCAAUUGACCACAACCAGUACAUCGUCGACGGGUAUAAUUAUCAAUCCAACUACGGUGCAGGGCUCCGCGUCCUUGACGUUAGCUCAAUUCCUUCCGACCCGACCGGUGCAGGUGUGUGUGAGGCUGGCUUCUUUGACAUCUACCCUGAAGAUGACGCGGCCGAGGGAGGCGGAGUGGUUGCGUUCACGGGAACAUGGUCCUCGUACGCGUACUUUAAGUCUGGUUUCAUCUACAUCAACACCAUUGAGCGUGGCUCAUUUGUGGUCAAGAUGACCAGCAAGGCCUGUCCCUAG